UCAUUGGAAUAACGAAUAUGAGGAGAUACAAUAGUGUCACAUAAAUCACAACGACUAUUGCGAUUGUAAACUAAUGCAUUAAAUCGUGACACGAAAAAGUUUUAGAAAAUGUUGAUAACUUCCAAGUUUGGUCGAUUUUCUGCUUCUUCCAGCACUAAUGGGCUCGCCAAACCAAAAGCUUACCAUCACUAAUCAUCCAUCGACAAAAACAACGUCGCCUGGUAGUAAAAUUAACGAAGAUAUUUUUCUGUACUGAUAAAAGGUACUUUCCUCGCAAAAUCUGACUCACAAAAACAGUAAAAACCUCAGGGAAAUGUGAAACGGAAGCGGGGUAAAAUGAAACAUUUGCAAUUGCGUAUACUGCGAUGUUUUCUUCAUACUGAUAAAAAUUCGUAGUAUAAUAUACAAAACAACCGCAUAUAUAUAUUCUACAUGCCAAUAAUCGAGCCCAACGACUGAGCCACGUCCUGCGUCACCGCGAGAAUUCCAAUCACAUCGAAGCAAUCGACACACUCAUAUUACCCACCCGCCAUGGACGCCCAUUCGCGUUUCGCACCGAGAUUACCAGGUCCCGCCAUCAAUCCGAUCGUCGAUAAUUCGGAUGAGCCGCAGCCCAGUCUCUCCGAUCUGCACGACUUCGAGCCGAAGCUAGAGUUUGAUGAUACCGAGCUCCUGGCCCCAUCGCCCCUAGAAAAAGAUGUUAUGGUCGGCGAUUUUGUCCUGGCUGAUGAUCCAGAACUUGAACCCGAAGAAGAUGUAAACCCACUAGAAGACGAUUUUGAGGAUCAACUGAGGGAACAGUCUGAGAACUUUCAGUCGCCCAGAAACAAAUGCGAUUUCCUUGGUACCGACAAGCAAGGUCGUCACAUUUUCGGCAUUUAUGCAUCUCGCUUCCCCGAAAAAUCCCAGCUUGAAGCUUUCGUGCGUGAAAUAAUCAAAGAAAUCGAACCGUUUGUAGAGAACGACUAUAUAUUAGUAUAUUUCCAUCAAGGUCUGAAGGAGGAUAAUAAACCAUCGGCACAGUUCUUGUGGAACUCGUACAAGGAGCUUGAUCGUAACUUUCGCAAGAAUCUAAAGACUCUGUAUGUGGUGCAUCCGACGUGGUUUAUACGGGUCAUCUGGAACUUUUUCAGUCCCUUCAUUAGCGACAAGUUCCGCAAGAAGCUAGUCUACAUCUCUAGCCUGGACGAGUUACGCCAGGCGCUCGGCCUCAACAAGUUGAAAUUGCCGGACAACAUUUGCGACCUGGACGACAAGCUAAAUCCCAGCCGGAAGCCAUCAACUCCACCACCUAGCAGCAAUAGCAUAAAUGCAUCCCGGCAGCAGCAGCACAAAAUGGCGACGACGCAUCAAUUUGGAGUGCCUCUGAAAUUCAUUGUGGUAAACAGUCCGUGCCUCAACUCCAUUCCACCUAUUGUGCGCAAGUGCGUGGACUCGCUGUCCAUAACGGGCGUUAUCGAUACGGAGGGCAUAUUCCGGCGAUCGGGCAAUCACUCGGAGAUUAUGGCACUCAAGGAGCGCGUCAAUCGAGGUGAGGAUGUGGAUUUGAAGAGCGUGAAUGUCCACGUAAUAGCUGGCCUGCUAAAGAGUUUUCUGCGUGAUCUUACCGAGCCACUGCUGACUUUCGAGCUUUACGAGGAUGUAACCCGAUUCCUAGACUGGCCCAAGGAAGAGCGUUCAAGAAACGUGACCCAACUGAUACGUGAAAAACUGCCAGAGGAGAACUACGAACUGUUCAAGUACAUUGUAGAGUUCCUGGUCAGAGUAAUGGACUGCGAGGAUCUCAAUAAGAUGACCUCCUCCAACCUGGCCAUCGUGUUCGGUCCAAAUUUCCUGUGGUCGCGCAGCACUAGCACCUCCCUGGAGGAGAUUGCCCCUAUCAACGCUUUUGUAGACUUUGUGCUGCAGAACCACAAGGACAUCUACUUGAUCGACGUCAAUCAGCGCACAGUUUCCGUCGACUAACGACUGGCCCCCCACAAACAAGUCCGUAACUGUAAAUUGUUUGAUUUUAAUGUUAGUCCUAAGUGAACCAAUGGUUAGCUAAAUGAGAACACACAAAAGGCAACAGAAACUAUAGCCAAUGGCGGUUUCGUGUAUAAAGUGUACUGUAAUCCUAAGUUGAAUUUUAAACUGUGUGUAUGUGUGGAACUGCUUGUAGCCCCAACUCCACGCCAACUCUCCUCCAAAUCACAAUUAUUUAACCCCCCCCCAAGCGCUUAGUACGAUUGAUUUACCAAAGAAAUUUGCUUUUGUUCGUUCAUCGGCGAACAUUAGAGAAAUUCGAUAUGAGAUGUUAUUAUUAAAAUAUGUAUUAAUUAAACGCACAUUCCCCCAUGACCGGAAACUAAUCUUGGUAGCGUUGCUGAAUGCACCUGCCACGCGAAAGUGGAGUUGUGGCGAACUCAAAAAUCGUAAUGUGUAGAAUUUUGAAUUUCCUUAUAGUCAUAUAAACAAUUUUUAUAAAGUAACGGUAUUGUUAAAAAUAAAGCAAAUGUUAAAACCAA